GCCACUAUUUUUGCUCUCUUAAGCUGUUCAAUAAACCGGUUCCUCAUUUUACACGUGCAUGAUGUGUAUCUUCUUUGCUGGAUGGCCCAGGAAACUGGAAUGGUCCUCUCAGCCAGCCUCAGAGGAAAGAAAUCUCUAGCUGGCACAGGCAGCCAGCGAGUGAGGCUGGCGGCUGCAGGGGCACAGCCUUUAGAAUGAGUCCUUCAGUGCACAGGUCCCAGGGUAUACGGGGUAGUGGGAGGAAGGAGGGGACGCCUUGCAGAUGCCACUGUUGGCUGGGCUACACCUUGCCACACUUGUUACUGCUUAGGAGGCUUUCUGGAGUGUUCCUUGGGUGCUACGACAAUCUGCAGCAGACACUGUCCUUUCACCGCUCCUGGUCCCCGUUUGCUCCCCAGUGAUGUCAACAGCUGAGGACUGCUCACGCUGCAACAAAAGGCUCUGCAGUUGCUGUCUAGCUUGCCCUAGCCGUCUCUAGAGUUCUACCUGAACUGAAACUCAAGUGGGGUUCAGCUCAUGACUUGUGGCAAUUGACCAGGAAAUUCACCAGUUGCUGUGGCUGGAAGGAUUUUCAGUCCUGUGGGUUGUAACCAGAGGCCACAGGUGGAUUCUGCCUUAGGCUCAUGAGAUUUCCGACUUGCUGUUCAAGAAAAUGCCUUGUGAAGUGACAACAGUAGCUCUGACCCAACUGCCGGUGCCUCGCUAGUUCCUAUACGUCCCACUGGAUCCUCACAGCCCCGGGAAGCAGGUGCUACUACUCUUAUCCCCGGGAGGAGACAGAGGCGAGAGAGGUUAAGCGACGUGCCCAAGUCACACAGCUCGGCAGCGGCCGGGUUGAGCAUCAGCAGUCUGUUUGCAGACCCCUCACUGUCACCCCCUGAGCCAGUGCGUCUUGGGCCCUGCGGUCAGGAUGUCUCAAGCGUGGAGGCAUCACCGGUUCGUGGCAGUCUCUGGAAGGUCACUGAGCUCUGUGCCCAGAAUCGAGUCGGGGGAGUCUGUGCAGAGGUGGCCCUGUGUGUGGGGACAGUGUGUGGCACAGACACUGCUUUGGAUGGACACCUCUCCCGUGACCUCCUAGCAUCCAAUCCCAAAGGAACAACUGUUGCAGAGAUGGACCGCUGGACACAAACCCACGUGCGUUUCUCUGGAGACACUGGCCAAGGAAAACAAAACAUGCUCGAAGGCCAACAGCUGCAUGCCCCACCGCGAUGUGACCGCAGAGACCCGGGGUGUAGAAGGGUCUCUGCCUGGUGGGGGGACACGUGCAGGCCGAGGAGAGGCAGGAAGGAGGCUGGCUCCGACUCCCCACUGGACUGCAUGGCGACGGCGUGUGGUGGGGCAGUCAGCUAAGCCAUUUGCCUAAGUGGCUGUCGGGCAUCUGCGUGCUGGGGACCGACAGUGUGGGUGUGUUAGGAGGAUCUGUAAGGAGCACAUUGCUGCCUCUGGCUAGGACAGGGUGGAAAGGGUGGCGUGGCUACAGCCUGACCCAUGGGCACCGUCCUACCCUUUGUUCUGUGCUUCCGAGUGUCAGUCAUGUGCUGGGGUCUGUGGGCCCAUGACUCAGACGGUGAGCUCUGACCUUCCUGAGCCAGGGCUUUGCUGUAGUUGUGCCUGGCUCAGGAGCUCUAGGACAAGGGGACCGCUCCAGGUCUGCAUCUACGGUGUGGCAGGGCCCCUCGGCACUCUUGUGCACUAGUGUCAUCUUUCCCAUUGAAAUGACUGUGAGGACCAGAAUGUGCACAUGCAGAUGGGCAGCUACUUGUCUGCCUUGGCCCUUUAUUACAUAACUUGCUGGGGGUGGAGAUGCCACCCCCCGGCAGUCAGAGCCCCUUUAUGAUGUCAUGGGGCUGGUUACAUGACUGCCAAGGGGUGCUGCUGGCCACACUGCACUAGCAAGUUUGGCAGAUGGAGGACAAGCCAUCAUUGAGUAUGGCUCGCUGUGAAGAAAGAAAUUCGAGAGGACAGGAUCAUGGCUUGGAAAGGGGGCCUUUCCCUCCCCAAUUGCAGUCAGAGACCUCCCUUCACCCAGCAGAUCCUUCCCCUGCCUGGGACGACCCGGGGUCCACUGGGAGCCCUAACUUGAGGCUGCUGACAGAAGAAAUCACUUUCCAACCUCUGGCCAAGGAAGCUUCGUUCAGAAGGCCGCACCCUGACGGUGACUUCCCGCCCCAGGGAGAAGAUAAUCUCCUCUCCCUCCCCUUUCCACAGAAACUGUGGAGACUGGUCAGCAGCAACCAGUUUUCGUCCAUCUGGUGGGAUGACAGUGGGGCUUGUAUAGUGAUCAAUCAAAAACUCUUUGAAAAGGAGAUUCUCAAAAGGGACGUCGCACACAAAGUGUUUGCCACAACUUCGAUAAAGAGCUUCUUCCGCCAGCUAAACUUGUAUGGCUUCCGAAAACGGCGUCAAUGCACUUUCAGGACCUUCACCCGCAUUUUCUCCGCAAAAAGGCUGGUCUCCAUCUUGAAUAAGUUAGAGUUCUACUGCCAUCCUUACUUUCAAAGAGACUCCCCUCACCUCCUCGUGAGGAUGAAGAGAAGAGUGGGCGUCAAGUCUGCACCAAGACAUCAGGAGGAGGACAAGCCAGAAGCUGCUGGAUCCUGUCUGGCACCAGCAGACACUGAGCAACAAGAUCACACGUCUCCGAAUGAGAAUGACCAGGUCACACCGCAACACCGGGAACCGGCCGGUCCCAACACCCAAAUCAGGAGUGGCUCUGCUCCACCAGCAACUCCUGUGAUGGUGCCCGAUUCCGCCGUGGCGAGUGACAACAGUCCAGUGACCCAGCCGGCCGGCGAGUGGUCAGAGGGCAGCCAGGCUCACGUCACUCCGGUGGCCACUGUCCCUGGGCCUGCAGCACUGCCCUUCCUCUAUGUCCCUGGAUCUCCCACUCAGAUGAAUUCUUACGGGCCUGUGGUGGCCCUUCCCACAGCGUCCCGUAGUACCCUUGCCAUGGACACCACAGGACUUCCUGCACCUGGCAUGCUGCCCUUUUGCCAUCUCUGGGUACCGGUGACCCUAGUGGCUGCUGGGGCUGCACAGCCUGCUGCCUCCAUGGUCAUGUUCCCCCAUCUCCCAGCUCUGCACCACCAUUGCCCCCACAGCCACCGCACGUCACAGUACAUGCCAGCUAGCGAUGAGCCCCAGGUGUACCCAGACUACGCAGACCAGAGCACAUAGAGGGGAGCAUUUGGGCAGAAUAUGUGCUGGUCAAUAAAUGUGUCAGAAAAUGAGUAAUUUUCUGACUGCACAAAAAAGUCUUCAUGGUCU